ACUGACCUAAAACCUGAGUAACGUAAAAAUGAAACUAGAUGUUAUUGGUAUACUGCAAAAGGACUCUAGAAGUAAACGUUAUCAGACCUUACUUCAGUUUUUAAAAGAGAAUAAAUGGCUUAGGGGGAAUUGAGGGUUUUUUUUUUCUUUUGAGCGACGUUCCAGUCACAUUCCACACCAGUUGGUGGCGGUAAUGCACCAUUCAGUUCUUUGACAACCGCCAAUUAAAUUUAGAAGAAGGAAGAGGCGACGAAGAGAAGAAACCGGCUUCUCUGUUCUGUUCUCAGCUUUCAAACAGAUAAACAUGAGCGAUCCCAUGAGGGUGUUGGUGACUGGUGCAUCCGGGUUGGUGGGCAGGGCCAUACAGCAUGUGGUGAAAGAAGGAGGAGCCAAGGAGGGGGAGGAAUGGAUAUUCCUGUCCUCCAAAGAUGCCAACCUCAUGAAUAUGGACCAGACCCGGGCAGUGUUUGAGAAACACCGGCCUACGCACGUCAUCCACCUGGCUGCUAUGGUUGGAGGGCUUUUCAAGAACAUGAAAUAUAACCUGGACUUCUGGAGGAACAACAUUUACAUCAAUGACAAUGUGCUGCAGGCAGCGCAUGAAGCGGGCGUGGUCAAGGUUGUUUCCUGCUUGUCCACCUGCAUCUUUCCUGAUAAGACGACCUAUCCUAUUGACGAGACCAUGAUCCACAACGGUCCACCUCAUGAGUCCAACUUUGGCUACGCCUAUGCAAAGAGGAUGAUUGAUGUCCACAACAGAGCGUAUUUACAGCAGCAUGGGCGUUGCUAUACAGCUGUGAUUCCCACUAAUGUGUUUGGUCCUCAUGACAACUUUAGCAUCGAAGACGGUCAUGUGCUACCAGGUCUUAUACAUAAAGCAUACAUUGCUCAAAAGGGGGGGAAACCCUUGGUGGUCUGGGGCUCUGGCACACCUAGAAGACAGUUCAUCUACUCUUUGGACCUGGCUCGUCUUUUCCUCUGGGUCCUGAGGGAGUAUCCAGAAGUUGAGCCAAUCAUUCUCUCUGUUGGUGAGGAAGAUGAAGUGUCCAUCAAAGAAGCAGCAGAAGCUGUUGUUGCUGCAUUGGGCUUUAAAGGAGAAGUCGUGUUUGACACCAGUAAAGCAGAUGGACAGUUCAAAAAGACGGCCAGCAAUGCAAAGCUGUGCCGGUAUCUACCAGACUUCACUUUCACCCCCUUCAACCAAGCUUUAAAGGAAACCUGUGAUUGGUUUGUUGCCAACUAUGACACAGCCAGGAAGUGAGAAGACUGCCAAAAAAAAAUCGGUGCUAAUUCUUGUUUCAUCUGCUGUUGUGUUGGUAAAGAGUCUGGUGGUGGAGAGAGAGCUCGUGGAAAACAAAGUGCUUCACAGCACAAACACAAGGCAGUUGGUGUUGAGUCUUACUGUUGUUGCCCUCUUUCUGCAGCACCAUACUGUUUUGUGCUGAAUGUUGGGUGCAGGACCUGGGACCCCUUUUCGGUACAUGGACUCUAUUUAGCUGGAUUCAAUCUUGGAUGAUUUGUCAGAAUACCAGUUUGAAAAGUAUUGGACUGAAAUGAUGCCACCGAGCCAUGGUGGCAUUAUUCUUGUGUCAGGAACUGGUUAGAAUCCUUGUCUGUGUAUAAAAGGUGGGUGUAGCUGCAGGGUCUAAAUUGUGAGCUAAUGCAGAAGUGCCUUAAACCUGUAUUCUUUUUAAUGGCCAGCAGGGGGUGACUCCUGCAAUUG